AUGCCAGAUAAGGUUGUGAUUUCGCCCCAAUGGGCUAUGUGGUCCCUUCCAAUGCUUCAUUGGCGUGUUGGGUUGCUCACUGCCUUGGUUUUGGUUGCAAUGUUUGUGAUUUGGAGCAUUGAUGGGUGCACAGUUAAGAACAUUCAAGCUUGGAGGUAUCAACAAGAUUAUCUUGAUGAUGUAAGGUUUCAUACUCCUAAUUUAACUCUUGUUUCUCCAUAUAGUCCUGUGAACUUCACUCUGUAUGAAAAAAUAGGCAAGAAGUCCCUUCCAGUUGAGGGGCAUGAUAGUUGGGUUUCAACUGUGUUAGAACCCAACUUCACUUCAAAUCUCAUAGCUAGAUGGUCAGCUCGUGGAGGUGUGCCCUGUAAAGAUUCCAAGGCUGUAGAGAUUGCAAUUCCUGGGUUGGAUGGUGGGGAGGUCAUAGAGCUUUCAGCUGGUGAUGUGCAUGAAUUUGGUUUUCAAGCACUGGAUGAUUCAGGGAAGCCUCGUUGUUUAGGUGGGGACUACUUUGAGACUGAUCUUUCAGGGGAAUCGUGGAAAUCUAGGCCUUUGGUGAAAGAUUUCAGCAAUGGUUCUUACUCAAUUUCACUGCAGGUUCAUCCAGAUUUUGAUGGGGUUUACAAUCUUACUAUUAUCCUGCUCUAUAGACACUUUGAAGGUCUGAAGUUCACCCCAUGGAGGUUUUCUUAUGACCGAAUGCUGCGAAAUGUUACAAUCAGAUUCUACAAAAACGGUGUUCAGCUACCAGAACUGCAGGCUUGUAAGGCUUCUGAUUUUGGCAGGGAUGUGUGGAGUGGAAGGUGGACAAGGCAUGGAAAGAAUGAUGACUGCACCAUAGGAAAUGAUGGUAGGUACAGGUGCCUUGGGCCGGAUUUUCCAUGCAAAGCUCCUUGGUGUGAUGGUUCCUUGGGAAUUCUGGAGAGUAAUGGUUGGGUGUAUUCAACUCAUUGCUCAUUCAAGUUGUAUUCAGCGGAGUGUGCUUGGAAUUGCUUGCAGAACAGAUGGAUUUUCUUCUGGGGCGAUUCAAAUCAUGUUGACACGAUAAGGAAUAUGCUCAACUUUGUGUUAGACUUGCCUGAAAUACAUUCUGUCCCUAGAAGAUUUGACAUGAACUUUUCCAACCCAAAAGACCCUUCUCAAACAGUUAGGAUUACAAGCAUCUUCAAUGGGCAUUGGAAUGAAACACAAAACUAUCUGGGGUUGGAUUCUCUGAGAGAUGAAGGGUUUCAAAAUUUGCUAAAGAAAUACUUCUCAGAAGAUACCAUUCCGGACGCUGUGAUCAUGAACUCCGGCUUGCAUGAUGGAGUCCACUGGCGCAACAUAAGAGCAUUCUCUGUUGGAGCAGACUAUGCAGCAUCCUUCUGGACAGAUAUUAUGAAGACAGUGAAGCAAAGAGGGUUGGCAUGGCCAAGAGUGUUUUACCGGACUACGGUUGCGACUGGUGGAUAUGCAAGGUCACUAGCAUUCAAUCCUAACAAGAUGGAGGCUUUCAAUGGUGUUCUGUUGGAGAAAUUGAAGCAAGCAGGAGUUGUAUCUGGUGUGAUUGAUAACUUUGAUAUGACAUUUCCAUGGCAUUUUGAUAACCGGUGUAACGAUGGAGUACACUAUGGAAGAGCUCCAACAAAAAUGAAGUGGAGAGAUGGCCAAAUUGGACAUCAAUAUUUCGUGGACCUCAUGCUAUCUCAUGUUCUCCUCAAUGCUCUAUGUGCAAGAUAG